GCUCCUCCUGCAGCACGACCCCCCCCCCACACGGACAGGUCCCUCCUCCGGACCAGAGCCGGGACCGGAGCAAGGACCGGAGCCGGGACCGGAGCAAGGACCAGAGCCGGAGCCGGGACCGGAGCCGGGCAGCAUGGACGCGCACAGCCUGAUCUCCAUGUCCCUGAAGAAGCUGCAGAGCUGCAGGACGCUGCAGAGGAGCCUGCUGCUGUCCUACGUGCUGCGGGACGCGCAACAGCUCUACGUGCAGGAGCUGCACCGCAUGCAGCAGGACCAGGAGCUGAGGACCCUGGUCCAGGAGAUCCAGGACCUGGACCCGCUGCACGAGGAGGACAUGAAGGUCUGCCAGGAGAUCCAGGACCCGGAGCCCCGGAGCCGCGGCCGGGCAGCGAGCUCCCUCCUCGGCUGCGCUCCUGACCCGGAGCCGGCGGAGUUCCGCAGCUGCUGCAUGGAGGCUUCUCCAGACCCCUUCCCAGAGGAACACAUCCGGCACUGCAACAAGACCACGGUGCUGGACCUGGACACGCAUGUGGUGACCACCGUGGAGAACGGGCUCCUGCACCAGGACUGCUGCUGCUGCAGGGCCCGGAAGAGGAAGCUGGAGUCCGGCUGCUGCGCCUCGGACCCGCGGAAACGAGCCAAGCGGGAGGACUGCUGCUUCUCAGGCGAGGACUUCAGGGACACGUCCAACAUCUCCAACAUCUCCAACAUCUCCAACAUCUCCAACAUCUCCAACCUCAUCUCCAUCUUCGGCUCGGGCUUCUCCGGGCUGCUCAGCCGCCAGGCGGAGCUGGAGCAGGUCUGUGGGGGUCAGGCCCUGGCCGGACUGGGAGCCUGGACCCGGGCCAUAGAGGCGUGCUAGACCCGGGUCAUAGAGGCGUGCUAGACCCGGGUCAUAGAGGCGUGCUAGACCCGACUCUGAAGACUGACCAGAGACAGAGUGAGGGAGACAGACAGACAGACAGA